CGUGAUGGGGGCGGGGAGGCUCCGCAGGCAGCCCGGCAGAAUGGGUCGGUCCGGCACCUGUGGGGAUUAGCCAAUUAAUACCGAUUUGCAGCGACUUUCCUGCGUUGGUUUAUUUUAAGGUACAGUACGCUGAAGUAGCAACGCACGCUGCACUUAUUGCACUAUUUUUUUUUUUUUUUUUACUCUUUAGAAAUCUGAUCCUCGAAGUUUAUUUUUUUUCCCGCUAGACUCCCGCGUCCGAGCACAUUUUGGGGUUUAGGUCCUGCAUCGACCCGCAGUUUAAAUCCGAAUCAUGCCCCGGAGCCGAUCCUAAGUCCCUUUGAGUUUUUGUUUGCGUUUAUUUAGAUAUUUUUUGUAAGGCAGGGAUGCCGGGGCUGAGGGAAGCGGGGCUCCUCGGGGCCGCAGUCGCCAUCGCUGGAGGAGCUACUUUCGUGGCCUGGAGUUACGUGACUUCCCGGGGAAAGCAGGAGCGCGAACGGGAGGUAUCGGCAGCAGUGACGGGCGAAGCGGCUCAGCCUGUGGCCGCGUCGGAGGAGGUGAAGACUGCUGGUAGCAGGCAGGUGCUGGUGCUGGGCCUGGACGGGGCCGGCAAGACCAGUGUGAUGCACUGCUUAGCCACUGGCAGCCUGGAGCAGGACGUGUCUCCCACCGAGGGCAUUAACGCCAUCUCCAUCAACAAGGAGGACCUGCAGAUCGAGUUCCUGGAAAUUGGCGGGACUGAGACCCUCAGGAGAUACUGGAGGAAGUACCUGUGCAAGGCCCAGGUGCUGGUGUUCGUGGUGGAUUCUACUGACACUCCCCGCUUCCCCCUGGCCAGAAGGAGCCUCCUGGAGCUUGUGGCUGGGGACCCUUGUCUUCCCCUGGUGGUACUGGCCAACAAACAGGACCUGCAGGGAGCCUGCAGCAUCACAGAGCUGCACGAGGCCCUGGGCCUGGCGGACGUGGGUGACGAGCGGAAGCUCUUCCUCAUCGGCACGCACGUGAAGAAGGGCGACCCGGAGAUGCCCUCCAGCAUCCAGGACGCCCGGGACUACAUCUUUCAGAUGGUUUAUGACCACAGAUAAAGGCACAGUUGCCAGUAGAGAGCAGGGCGCACGGGUGCAGUGUGCACGGGUGCAGUGCGCACGGGUGCAGUGCGUAAAGGUGCGGUGCUUUUUGUUUGGCAUCAGAGAAAGAGCAUUGUUAGUUUUUAUAGUUUUGGUUCCGUGGUUUCAGUUGGGGUGAUUUAUGUUUUUUGGCCAUUAAUGUAGUGAAUUCUGUAGUAAAACGAAAGCCUUUGAACAUGUUUGAUGUCUAUUUGCCUGUCAUAAAACCAAAUGCAGUUUUGUUCCUGUUUUAUCUUGGUCAUUUACUAAAGAAAUAAAUAUGAGUUUCAGACAAGUGUGUGGAUGAGCAACAGGAAAAGUGGAUUUCUGGGGCGGUAAUGAGGGAAGGUUCACAAUUGUAACUCAGUCCCUGGUUUUGAUCUCCACCGUUUUAUGCAGUGGAUGCAGUCAUUCCCACUAUGGCAACCGGUACCCCAUUUGCUCUGGGUGACGCACCCCCAGCUGUGUUCUGUGUCCUGCAGACUGCAGUCGGCUGGUAGGACUCUCUGUAUAAGGAAUGGACUCAUUAAAUAAUAUAUGUAAACUAAGGGUUAAAUCUUAAAAGAAGCUGCAGCUUUGUUUUAGCAAGGCUUUAAUUCUUUGUUUAAUGCCGAUGCUGUAAAAUAAAUACAUUGAUCCAAUAUUUAUUUUCCAUGUUUUACAAGCAAUAGAAAUUUGGCUUAUGAAUGCUUGGACGUCAUUCCAGUCACACCAUAUUGCUUUGUAAAAGACCGGUGCAAAAAGGGCUCUUUUUUUCACAGAAAUCUGUUUCAUUGCCACAUUGUAAAAACAGCAUAAUUUUUACCUCGUUUUUACAAUGAAUUUAGUUACCACUGGUGAAAUCUGAAACAUCCUAAAUUUGAGGAAUGUGUACCACAUAAUUCUGUUUUGGUUUAAAUAACAACCCAAAGAACAGUGAGGUGCUGUUAGUAAUAUUUGUAUUUUAUUUUGCUAUUUGGGGCUGGAAUUGGAAAAUGAACAUGUCAGCACCUAAAACCAAAGUAUGUAAAUAUCCUCUGAUAUUCAAAUAAAAACAUUCAGAAAAUU